AUGGCGAACGAGGUGGUUCUGCUGGAUUCCUUGGACAGUAUGUUCGGGAUGAGGGCGAGGAUCGCUUUGGCUGAGAAGGGGAUUAAGUACAAGUACAAGGAGGAGGACUUGAAGAACAAGAGCGAGCUGCUUCUCAAGAUGAACCCGGUUCACAAGAAGAUCCCGGUUCUCAUCCACAACGGCAAGCCGGUCUGUAUGGUGAAUACACGUUCCCAAUCUGUGCGACAGCCCGGCGCACCUCCUGGGGCUCUUGGAGGUCCUCCAGAGUUAGCAGAUUUCAUGAGGCAGAUGACUGAAUCCAUGAAGGCUUUGCAGAAGCAGAAUGAAGACCUCGCCACAAGGCUCACGGUUGCUGAAGGCCGAAACAGCCGAAGGGACCAAGAGCGGGAAGAAAGAAGGACGAGGAGACAAGAGAAAGGCGAGAGAGGGAAAGACGCGCCGAGAUCCACAGGGGAAAGAGGCCCCGAGGUUUUGAGGAGGAAGAUGAAGUAA